AUGGCCGCCUCUCUCCUGCUUCUGUUCCUCCUCCUCCCCAGGGUCUUCGCCCUGCCUGCUCGACUCCGCCGGGAUGGACCUCCCCUGCCCACCGACGACCCGUUCUAUGUGCCUCCAGCAGGCUUCGAAUCCUCGCCCCCUGGCACGAUCCUGCGCUACCGGACCCCCCCGUAUCCCAUCGCUGCGUUUGGCGCGGACCCUGUCAACAUCGCCGCCGCCUAUCAGAUCCUCUACCGGACAACCGACUCCUUCGGCGAUGCCAUUGCGACGGUGUCGACCAUCCUGAUCCCCCACAAUGCCGACAACACCAAGCUGCUCUCUUACCAGGUGGCCGAAGAUGCCGCGGACCCCAACUGCGCCCCCUCGUACGCAUUCCAGUUCGAGUCUGCCACCGGCGGCCCGCUCGGCCUGCUGAUGCCCCAGCUCGAGCUGCACCUCAUCGAGACGGCCCUGUACAACGGCUGGAUCGUCACCGUGCCGGACUUCCUCGGCCCCAAGGCCGCCUUCCUGGCCAACAACCUGGCCGGGCAUGCCGUGCUGGACAACAUCCGCGCGGCGCUGGCGUCCUCGAACUUCACCAACAUCUCGUCCGACGCGACUAUCACGCUCUGGGGGUACUCCGGGGGCAGUCUGGCGAGCGGGUUCGCCGCCGAGCUGCAGCCGUCGUACGCGCCGGAGCUGAAGAUCGCCGGAGCUGCGCUGGGAGGGACGGUGCCUCAGAUCCUGCCCGUCAUCGACGCGGUCAACAAGGGCCCCUUCACGGGGCUGAUCCCGUCGGGCAUCAUGGGGCUGGCCAACGAGUACGACGAGAUCGACCAGCUGAUCGACGAGAAGAUCCUGCCGUCGAAAAAGGCCGAUCUGGAGCAGGCGCGCAGCAUGUGUCUCGUCGGCGACGCGGAGAAGUAUUUCGGUCAGGACGUGUACAGCUACACGACCGAUCCGAACAUCUUCACGGAGGAGACGGCCACGACGGUCAUGAGCGCCAACGACAUGGGCCAGCAUGUGCCCACGAUCCCGCUGUUGAUCUACAAGUCUGCCGGCGACGAGAUCAGCCCCGUCAACAACACCGACAGUCUGGUGGCGUACUACUGCGCGGCGGGCGCGAAUGUCGAGUACAAGCGGGAUGAGUUUUCGGAACACGCGACCAUGGCGAUCAUCGGGGCGCCGGAUGCGCUGAUCUGGCUGAGCGAUCGCAUGCGAGGCGUGCCUGUGACGCCGGGGUGUACGACGACGACCGAGUUUACCAGUCUGGCGGACCCGGGGGCUCUUGCGGUGCUGGGGGAGAGUCUGGUCGAGAUUCUGCUGAGUUUGUUGCAGGCGCCAGUUGGGCCGAUCAUGAUUGGCUGA